CUCAAUUUAUUUGUUUACAUUUUAAUUAGUAAUAUAAUAUUUUUGUAAUGUAGAAUAGUUGUCUUUUUGAGUUGGGUUAGGUUUUAAAUUAAAAGUAUCUCCAACCCGACCCAACCCAAUUAUAAACAAACCGUAGGAUUUUAAUUUUUUUAGGUGAAUUUGAAUUUAAUAUUAUCAAAACCGUAGUAUAUAGGUCGAGUGAUUAAAAUGACCAAACUCGAACCAUACAACCAAUAUACAUCCCUAAUUAUCUUUUUUUUUUUUUUUUUGAAAAUCCCUAAUUAUCUUCAUUACUCUCUUUCUAUCUUCCUAUAUUGUAAUGGAAAAAUAUUAUUAUAAUGGGAAAGGAUUAUACAUUGUGGGAGUAACUAAUAAUUCCUCACUGACCAUAAGAUUAUGAAGGAAAUCCGUUCGCCACACCUGCCGUGCUUUAGCAGACGCCAGACAGCCAUAGCAGUUUCCCUUCCAAACCUUGGAACCCCUUCUUCUGGGAAUGGGCCAUGAAUCAUUUGUACGAGUACUGGGUGGGUGGGUGGAAAGUGGGGGUGAGAGCAACGGUUGGAGGUUAUCGACGCUUUGAAAAUUGUGAUUGUUAAAUAAAUGUAUGGUAGUAAAUAUAUGUAUAAUAUUAUACAUGUAUUGAUAAAUUCGAUAAUUAUAAAUUACAACAUUUGUAUAUGUGAUUGUGUAUGUAACAUCAACUAAAACUUGAGAUAAAACAAUUACAACUAUCUCAACAAUCUAGCUAAAAGUUGGGAUAUCACAUAACAAGAGGCUUGCUAUUUGCCGCCAACCAAAUUGCUAUUUCCGCCAACCAAAAAAAAAAGUAUAUAUAUACAUCUUUGGUUAAGGAGUUUUACAAUCUACAACAUAUCCAACUUUCAGAGAACGUAUUGAAUCAGAAAAAUUCAACGCUCGCCGGAAAAGUCGCCGGAAAAUCAUCGGGAAAGCCUAUCCUCAACAUAUACUGCGUACACGCAUCCAUGAAUCAUCAGUAAGCACGUGCGUAAAUUUUUUGUAGUUUCGAACAAUUUUUCCGACGAUUUGAAACGAACAGACGGUGGGCCGAAAAAUUCCGGCGGCCAGAACCUGGCCAGGCCGAAAAAUUCCGGCGGCCGGAACAAGGCUGGGCCGGCGGAAAUCGGUGGCCGGAACCAGGCUGAGCCACAAGAUAUUUUCGGGCUCAGCCUGGCUCCGGCCGCCGGAAUUUUUCGGCCCGGCCAGGUUCCGGCCACCGAAAUUUUUCGGCCCGGCCAGGUUCCGGCCGCCUGAAAUUUUCGGCCCACCGUCUGUUUUUGGAAUUUUUCGGAAAAAUUCGAUUUUAGGAGUUGAAUUUAGCGUUUAAGAGUUGAAUUUAGCGUGUAAGAAUUGAAUUUAGAUUUUAGGAGUUGAAUUUAGCGGUUAAGACUUGAAAUUAGCGUUUAGAUUCACAGGAAUAUUGAUGUAUUAUAUUGUAAUUGUAGGAAAAAUGUCAGAGUGGUUACCGGCUGAUCAUGAUUACACACAGGAAUUUAGCUGAGUUAGCUGCAAAAGCAAUCGCUCAGGAGUGUGGGUUCUUUAUUGUUAGAGGAGCAUGGAAACCGAAUACUGCUGGACUACAUCAUGUUACUGCCCUCUGUAUGUAUUGCGACAGAAGUAGUAGGAUCGUUAAGUCUUAUAAACCAGACCCUACGAAGGAGACGCGUGGGAAUAUUAGUUCGAAGGGUACUGGUUGCCAGUUUCAGAUAUGUAUUAAGGAAGUAUGGCAAAAGAAUGGUCCAAACACAUGGGUCAUAGUGGGAGUGACAAGUCGUGAAACCGGAGCUAAUAGAGGGUUUCACAACCAUGAAAAGGUGUUGUAUCCAGAACAUCACCGACACAACAAACAGUUUAGUGAGGCUGAAAAAGAGAGGUUAAGAUUAAUGAGGAAGGCGGGGGUGAGACCAAAUCAGCAGAAGACGACACUCAAUACUGAAGGGGGUGUGCAUCAUGAUAUCAAACAAAUGUACAACAUCGUGGGUACCAUAUCUGUUUGCAAAAGGACUAUAAUAAUGUGCUCACUAAUCUGUUUUUUGCGCACCCGACGUCCAUUCAGAUGUUGCAUGCAUGGCCGUACGUCAUCCUCAUUGACUCGACCUACAAGACCAACAUGUACGGCUGGCCAUGGGUUGAGAUUAUUGGGGUUCCGCACCACCGGGGCGAUGGAUGGAUUCUGAGGACUUGUUCGUGUUUGCCACCAUCUACAACAUCGCAGUCAUGGUCUUCUCAUACCAGGUGCUUGAUGUCAAUAAUGCAAACCGUCCACUACCCAACCGCUACGAUGAUGCCUAUACUGUAUUGCCUAUUGAUGCGGAAGCAGGUACUUUGCCACCAACCAUGUUCUUAUCACUGCACUAUGUGAACAACCACUACAUUCGAUUGUACUUCAACAAGGAUCAGUUUCCUAUACCCCCUCUGCAUCCAAUUUGUUAGAUCAUCAAUGAUAUAAACAAUGAGUUAUGGCUCAAGAGGCCCACACUUAACCAUGUGAUAACCUUAUUCCUUACUUUCUUGUUAUUAAUUUCUAGGUGAUGGCAUGAAGCAAAAGCACACAUUAGCUAGUUAUCGUUCCUUUCGCAUGCGGCGAAAGCUCGAUUGGGAAUGCAUUCGUGGAAGGGAUAGGGUAUCAUAAUAGUUGAUGCAUUGAAGCAUCUUGUUAAUGAGAUUGUAUGCAUAUGAUCAUUUAGAUGAAGAUACCUAGACAAUAGUUUUAAGUACUUGUUUUUUCAUCGUUUAUUUUCUUUAGUAAAGUAGAAUUUUAACCAAUGGCACUUUAGUCCAUUGCUAUUACUUUUAUUUGCAUUGAUAUCUCAAGCAUAGGUUGUUAGUUUUGAGUAUGCUAACCUGACCGUAUGUCAGUCGAGUUUUACUAUUUAGAUCAUGAACUAACCGGAGUUUGGGACAUAAUACUAUACCCUAACUUCUAUGGUAGAACCUCAGUCUCCCAUUCUCUAACUCAAACCAUAAGAUUGAUUUAAUCUUAAAAUGAAAAUGAACGGUUCUGAUUCGUCGAAAUUAUCAAAGUACAAAUAAUAAGUGUGAACGCAGGUGUACGCUUGUGUUUGCCAUAUUUUACACACACACACACACACUAAUACUACGCUCUAGUUUGUUUUGUCUUGUAGGACUUGAAGGGCAUUGCAAGGCACACAAGGACGAGCAAGAUGGUCAUUUGAUAUCUAUUCAAGUACUCUAGGCCAAAGGCAUCAAAGUUUGAAGCAAGAAGAUGAAGAAGAACUUGACACCUUUGAUGCAAACCUCAAGAAAUGGAGCCAGGAGUAGCAGUCUCCAUGUUGAGGAGCCAGUCGAUGAUCAAUACCGAACCUCCUAAAAGCACCAAUGCUAGCAUCAAUGAUGAAGGGCUAAAGCAACUGCUUGAAUGUUCAAAGCAUCCAAGGUGGUCAAGAAAGCCAAUGAAGGGCACCCUAAGGAGUUGUAAGAAGGAUUUGGAGAGCUCCAUGUUGAGGAGCCAGUCGAUGAUCAAUACUGAACCUCCUAAAAGCACCAACGCUAGCAUCAAUGACAAAGGGCUAAAGCAACUGCUUGAAUGUUCAAAGCAUCCAAGGUGGUCAAGAAAGCCAAUGAAGGGCACCCUAAGGAGUUGUAAGAAGGAUUUGGAGAGCUCGAGGAGACGAGGACCAUGGAGAGGAAGGCUAUCUAAAGGUUAUCCCAUUUGAUGAGGAAGAUGAUGAUGAGCUUGAAACUCUAUAUUCAGAAGGAGAAGAAUAUGCAAUGGAUGAAAAAUGUUGUAGUGCUGAAAAAUACACACUAAUCCAAGCCUUAUUGGAUUCGUUGGAGUAUGUUGAAGGCAUCACACCAGUUGAAGACUUUCAUCAGUUCGCACGCUAUAUUCAAUUUGCAUCCACAAGAAAUCCACCUACCAGUGAUUCCUCAAUCAUUGAAGAUAUCCAGGAGAGACAAGCUUAGCUUGAUGAUCCCCAUUCACCUCUUAGGCAAGGUUUAACACAACCAACUGUUGAACAAGAGCAAGUGGAGGAGAAGAGUUCCAUCAAGGUUGAUCAACCUAAGAAGGAGCAUAAAGUUGAGGAGUCAUGAGAGGAGCAACCAUCUCAACCUAUCUAGUUAAAGGAGGAACCCCAACAUGAGUCAUCAUUCAGAAAUGUUGAGGAUCAGACCAAUAUGGCAUCCACCCAAGGAAGGAAGGAAGUUACCACCACCAUCCAAGAGAUCGUGGAGGUUCAUCAAUGAAGAAAGAACAUCUAGCUCGAUGGGUGACUUCAAGCUACACCCAUCUCGAUUUAAGUUCGAGUUGGGAAAAGGAAAUUGACAAAAACUGUAACUUUGAUCUUGGAAAAGAAGGAUCAUCUACAUCAUCCUCUACAUCAAAAACAAUAGUAGAAGAAUUUCAUCUACUCUAGAAACUCUUGAUGUAAAGAAGGAUGAUGUCAUUCCCAAAAUUGGAAAUCAUAAAGACAACUGCAAAAUCUUGAUGAAAAUGCAUCAUAGAGUCAAGCCAGACCUCUCCCGACCCCUUUAAUUAGAUCCAUCGCAUCAUUUCUAGAGAGUCAUGAGAUGGUAGCAUCUUAUCUAACCCAUAUAGAGGAAUACAUAACUCUAUCCUUGCAUCUGAACCUCUACUAAAUUCACAAGUCACAAUCAAAGGGUGGGAUAAAUGGUGCAAGGUGGAAACUAAGGUAGCAUCUUUUACAUGGUUCAUCAUAGGGUUGGCUAUUUGGUCCGAACUUUUUGGUUUUACCCAAAAUUGGACAGUAUAACCAGGACCGGGACUAGAUAGCAAACAAUCCAAUCCCAUCUUCGGGUUUAGAUUUGAGGUAAAAAAACUUUUGGGACCGGAUCGAAAACUGGAUAAGAGAGCCCAACACCCAAAACCUAACCAACUUCUCACCCUUUGAGGCCUCAAGCCACUCAAAUCCCCAUAAGCUCAAUCUAAAAUCAAGACCGAAUUGGGACCGAACCGGGUCAAGACCGGACUGUAUCCAAUCCAAUAUUUGGUCCUUACAUUCCCGAAAAGACCAGACCGGGAUCGGAUCAAUUCGGGCCAAUUUAACCGGACCGUACAGCCACCCCUAGUUCAUCAUCAAGUCAAAGAAGAAAGGAGGAUGACACACAAUUAGUUGGGGAGUUUGAAGAGCUUGGAAGUUACGCCUCGCUCAAAUGCGUAAAAGAAAUAGAGUUUCAUAAGAGGCAACUCAUAUCUGGCAUCCCAUUUUAAAAUUAAUCUAUUAAAACGCA